AGAGGAGUCUCCUCUCUCUCUCUCAAGCAAAGGGCCUGAAAAUUCCUUGCAGCAUCCUCGCACAAAACCGCUAGUCAGGGAAACCAAGACACAAUUUCCAAAUUAGAAGGAAGAUGGUUCCGUUCAAUCUCCUUGUAAUCAUUGGAUUAAUACUAUCGUUCAUGCUUAAUUUGCUGAACCUCCCUGGAGUUGCAGGAAUCGUCUGGCUCUUUAGCUAUUGCAAAAAUGGCACUAGCUUCACGCCAAAUGGAAUCUAUCAGCAGAACCUCAACUCCUUGCUCUCUUUUCUUGCUUCAAAUGCAACCCAGGGGAAGGGAUUCUAUUAUACCGCAGCAGGUGAUGAUCCUUCCGACAUGGUCUACGGCCUUUUCCUUUGCCGGGGGGAUAUUGUCCCCUUGAAAGGUGUCUGCCAAGGAUGUGUCUCGACAGCUACCAAAGACAUUGUACAAGAUUGUCCUAAUGGGAAAGCGUCCAUCAUAUGGUAUGAUGAAUGCAUGCUACGUUACUCCAAUGAAUCUUUCUUUUCUCAAGUUGAAGAAUACCCUGCACAGGCGUGGUCGAAUGCCAAACCACCUGUAAACGAAUCAGAGCGCUUGACGGAGUUGGCGACAACGACGAUGCGCAAUGUGGCAAUACGAGCUGCGAAUGAUCGGUCUGGUAAAAGAUUCGGCGCAGAGCAAGUGAACUUCACCAGUUCUCAAACACUGUAUACACUCGUGCAGUGCACCCAAGAUUUAUCAGUCGCCAAUUGCAGCAAGUGCCUUCGAGAAGCUAUUGGUGCGUUCCCCUACUGCUGUUAUGGAAGGCAAGGGGCUAGAGUUAUAUUUCCUAGUUGUAAUGCUAGAUAUGAAUUGUACCCAUUUUAUCAGGUUGAGAAUAUUCAAUCUCCACCACCCACAACAGCAGAUAAACGGAAGAUUCGGAUGAUACUGCUUGCUGUCGGAAUACCAACAGUGCUAAUAGCAAUCGUCGUCGGGUCUGGUCUUGUCUUUUUGCGCCGUAAAAGAAGAAAAGAAAAGGAAAAAGGAAAAGUUCCGCCUGAAUUAUUACAGGACUUGGCAAGCCCAGGUACGACAGGACAAGGUAAUUUGCCGAAUUCCGUGGAGCUUCCUGUAAUGGACCUAACUACCGUAAGAGAAGCGACAGACAAUUUUUCUGACUCAAAUAAACUUGGACGUGGGGGUUUCGGCACCGUUUACAAGGGUGUCUUACCAGACGGGAAGGAAAUUGCUGUUAAAAGGUUGUCGAAGAAGUCAUGUCAAGGGUUGGUGGAGUUGAAGAAUGAAAUCAUGCUAAUAGCAAAACUUCAACACCGAAACCUUGUCAGGCUCUUGGGAUGCAGCAUAGAGGGAGAUGAAAAAUUGCUCAUCUACGAGUUCAUGCCUAAUAAAAGCCUUGAUUACUUCCUCUUUGAUUCAAGCAAGGGUGAGCAACUUGAUUGGCCAAGACGGCUUAGAAUUAUCAAUGGGAUUGCUCGUGGACUCUUGUAUCUGCAUGAAGAUUCUCGUCUUAGAGUUAUUCACAGGGACCUCAAGGCUGGUAAUAUUUUGCUUGAUUAUGAGAUGAAUGCAAAGAUAUCUGAUUUUGGAAUGGCAAGGAUUUUUGGUAUAAAUCAAACUGAGGUUAAUACUAAUAGAGUCGUUGGAACUUUUGGCUACAUGGCACCAGAGUACGCAAUGCAAGGAUUAUUAUCAAUAAAAUCUGAUAUUUUCAGUUUCGGUGUUCUCUUAUUAGAAAUAAUAAGUGGAAAAAGAAAUAACGGCUUUUAUUUGUCAGAAAACGGAGAAAGCCUUCUCACAUUAGCAUGGAAUCUGUGGUCUAAAAAUCAAGGAUUGGAGUUGAUGGAUCCAUUACUUGCAAACUCAUUUGUGGGUGGUGAAGUGCUGAAAUGCAUUCAAACUGGGUUAUUGUGUGUGCAAGAUGACCCAACAGACAGACCAACCAUGUCCAUGGUCGUUUUGAUGUUAGAAAGUGAUACCAUGACACUUCCUCAACCCAAAAAACAUACAUUCUCUGUUCAAAGAGUUGUCGUAAAUAAGGAAUCAUCUUCAAAUUGUGAAGGCAUUUCUAUCAAUGAGAUGACAAUUUCAGAGAUAUUACUGCGGUGAUAUUGUCAUGUAGCAUGGAUUUUGAGUUGAGAUCCUUUGGCCGCGUGUUCCGUGAGCUGAUUCUUUUGAGAUCUCACAUCGAUUA